UGUUUUGGGAGAGUUUGGUGUCCGGCGCGCGUGGGCGGACCGUACCUGAACGCCCCGCACCUCUACCGCUUCCGCCCGGGACGCACGCUGCGUGGCCACGCUGAGUUUGGUUGGAAGCGGGAUCAGUGCGUGGACAGCUGGCUCGGGCUGCUGCGGGGAGUGGAGCAGGGGUUUGGUCUGCGGCUAUGCCGCCUCCAGGGAUUCCACUUGGUUGUCCUGUCCAGCGGUCUUGUAGUUUAAGUCAACGAGUGAUUCGUUGAGGCUUAAACUGAAGUUUCGUGGUUAAGAGCUUGGGCUCUGGAAUCACACUCCCGGAGUUGGGAUUCUGUCAGCUGGCUGUGUGAUCUCGCUGUACCAUCUAUCUCGUCAUCAUCCUAUCCUGUGUGACCACUCAAGAGUGUUUGCUGUUUUUUAUCAGACAACAAUGCAUUUUCUGAACUUCUGAACCAUGAGUCUAGCACUUAAUGAUCUCCUUAUUUGCUGCCGUCAACUAGAACAUGAUAGAGCUACAGAACGAAGGAAGGCAGUUGAGAACUUUAGGCACCUGAUUCAAGAUCCUGAAACUGUUCAGCAUUUAGAUCAGCAUUCAGAUUCUAAACAGGGGAAGUAUUUGAAUUGGGAUGCUGCUUUUAGAUUUUUACAGAAAUAUAUUCAGAAAGAAACGGAAUGUCUAAGAACAGCAAAACAAAAUGUAUCAGCCUCAACACAAGCCACCAGGCAGAAAAAGAUGCAAGAAAUCAGUAGCUUGGUCAAAUACUUCAUCAAAUGCGCAAAUAAAAGAGCACCUAGGCUAAAAUGUCAAGAACUCUUGAAUUAUAUCAUGAAUACAGUGAGAGAUUCAUCUAACAAUCCCAUUUAUGGAGCUGAUUAUAGCAAUAUAUUGCUGAAGGACAUUCUUUCAGUGAGGAAAUACUGGUGUGAAAUAUCUCAGCAACAGUGGCGAGAAUUGUUCCUUAUAUACUUCACGCUGUAUCUUAAACCUUCACAAGAUAUUAAUAGACUUUUGGUGGCUAGAAUAAUUCAAGCUGUGACCAAAGGAUGCUGUUCACAGACUGAUGGAUUGAAUUCCGAAUUUUUGGAUUUUUUUACCAAGGCUAUUCAAAAUGCAAGACAAGAAAAGAGCUCUCCCGGUCUGAAUCAUAUCUUAGCAGCAUAUGUUAUCUUCCUCAAGACUUUGGCUGCUAACUUUCGAAUUCGAGUGUGUGAAUUAGGAGAUAAAAUUCUUCCUACCUUACUUUAUAUUUGGACUCAACAUAGACUUAAUGAUUCCUUAAAAGAAGUAAUUGUUGAAUUAUUUCAACUACAAGUUUAUGUGCAUCAUCCAAAGGGAGCCAAAACUCAAGAAAAAGGUGCUUAUGAGUCAGCAAAGUGGAAAAGUAUCUUAUACAACCUAUAUGAUCUGCUAGUUAAUGAAAUAAGUCGUAUAGGAAGCAGAGGGAAAUAUUCUUCUGGAUCUCGUAAUAUUGCUGUCAAGGAGAACUUGAUUGAAUUGAUGGCAGAUAUUUGUCACCAGGUUUUUAACGAAGAUACCAGAUCUUUGGAGAUUUCUCAGUCUUACACAACUACACAAAGAGAAUUUAGUGAUUACAAUGCACCUUGCAAAAAGAGAAAAAUAGAAUUAGGCUGGGGAGUAAUAAAAGAUCAUCUUCAGAAGUCACAGAAUGAUUUUGACGUUGUACCUUGGUUACAGAUUGCAACUCAGUUAAUAUCAAAAUAUCCUGCAAGUUUACCUAACUGUGAGCUGUCACCAUUGCUGAUGAUACUAUACCAGCUUCUACCGCAACAGCGACGUGGGGAGCGCACACCUUACGUGUUACGAUGCCUUAUGGAAGUUGCAUUGUGUCAGGGCAAGAAAUCAAACUUAGAAAGCUCACAUAAGUCAGAUUUAUUGAAAAUUUGGAUUAAAAUUUGGUCUAUAACCUUCCGAGGUAUAAGUUCUGAACAAAUACAAGCUGAAAACUUUGGGUUACUUGGAGCCAUAAUUCAAGGCAGUUUAGUUGAGGUUGACAGAGAAUUCUGGAAGUUAUUUACUGGGUCAGCCUGCAAACCUUCAUGUCCUACAGUAUGCUGUUUGACUUUGGCACUGAAGACCUGUGUAGUUCCAGAAACAGUUGAAACAGGAAUGGAGAAUAUAUGUGAUGGAAACAGAAAAUUUUCUUUAAAGGAAUCAAUAAUGAAAUGGCUUUUAUUCUGUCAGUUAGAGGAUGACUUUGAAGACAGAAUAGAGCUGCCUCCAAUUCUUCACAGUAAUUUUCCUCAUCUUGCCCUGGAGAAAAUUCUUGUGAGUCUCAUUAUGAAAAACUGUAAAGCUGCAAUGAAUUUUUUCCAAAGUGUGUCAGAAUGUGAGCAACACCAAAAAGAUACGGAAGAACCUUCAUUGUUAGAAGUUGAAGAACUAUUUCUUCAGACAACUUUUGACAAGAUGGAUUUUCUAACUGUUGUGCAAGAAUGUACUAUAGAAAAGCACCAAUCCAGUGUAGGCUUUUCUUUCCACCAAAACCUUAAGGAAUCAUUGGAUCGCUAUCUUCUGGGAUUGUCAGAACAGCUUCUAAAUAACUACUUACCCGAGACUUCAGAUUCAGAAACGCUUGUCCGGUGUUCAAGUCUUUUGGUGGGUGUCCUUGGCUGCUAUUGUUAUGUGGGUGUAAUAGCCGAAGAAGAAGCGUAUACAUCAGAAUUAUUCCAGAAAGCCAAGUCUCUAAUGCAGUGUGCAGGAGAAAGUAUCACUUUGUUUAAAAGUAAGACAAAUGAGGAAUCUAGAAUCAUUUCAUUGAGAAAUAUGAUGCAUCUGUGUACAAAUUGCUUAUAUAAAUGUGCUAAGCGCAGUCCAAAUAAGAUUGCAUCUGGCUUUUUCUUACGAUUGUUAACAUCAAAGUUAAUGCAUGACAUUGCAGAUGUUUGUAGAAGUUUAGCAUUCAUUAUCAAAAAGCCAUUUGACUGUGGAGAAGUAGAAUCAAUGGAAGAUGAUACUGAUAAAAAUCUGAUGGAGAUGAAUGAUCAGUCAUCCAUGAGUCUAUUUAAUGAUAACCCUGCUAGUAGUGUUAUUGAUGCAAACGAAUCUGGAGAGAGCCAAAUUACUAUGGGUGCCAUGAAUCCUUUAGCUGAGGAACACCUCUCAAAGCAAGAUCUACUUGUUUUAGACAUGCUCAGGUUUUUGUGUAUGUGUAUAACCAUCGCUCAGUCCAAUACCAUGUCAUUUAGAGCAGCUGAUAUUCGGAGGAAAUUGUUGAUGUUAAUUGAUUCUGACAGGUUAGACCCUACCAAACCUCUUCACCUGCACAUGUAUCUAGUACUUUUAAAGGAGCUUCCUGGUGAAGAAUAUCCCCUGCCAAUGGAGGAUGUUGUUGAACUUCUAAAACCACUAUCCAGUGUGUGUUCUUUAUAUCGUCGUGACCAAGAUGUUUGUAAAACCAUUUUAAACCAUGUGCUUCACAUAGUGCCGAACCUAUGUCGGGAAAAUGUGGAUGCCGAGAGCACAAGGGAUGCUCAGGGGCACUUUCUAACAGUGAUUGGAGCAUUUUGGCACUUAACGAAGGAGGGGAAAUGCACAUUCUCUGUGAGAUUGGCACUAGUAAAAUGCCUUAAAACUUUGCUUGAGGCCGAUCCUUAUUCAAGAUGGGCUAUUCUUAAUGUAAUGGAAAAAGACUUUCCUGUAAAUGAAGUAUUUCCACAAUUCCUUGCUGAUAAUCAUCACCAAGUUUGCAUGUUGGCUGCAGGAUUAAUCAAUAGAUUAUUUCAGCAUAUGAAACAAGGAGAUUCUUCCACAAUAAUGAGAGCACUUCCUUUGAAACUUCAGCAAACAGCUUUUGAAAAUGCGUACUUGAAAGCUCAGGAAAGAAUAAGACAAGUGAAGUCCCAAGGAGGUGAGAACCGUGAACUUUUGGAUGAGAUUUGUAAUAGAAAAGCUGUUUUACUGACAAUGAUAGCUGUGGUGUUAUGCUGUAGCCCUGUCUGUGAAAAACAGGCUUUAUUCGCCCUAUGCAAAUCUGUGAAAGAGAAUGGAUUAGAGCCUCACCUCAUUAAAAAGGUUUUAGAGAAAGUUUCCGAAACUUUUGGAUAUAGACAUUUAGAAGACUUUAUGGCUUCUCAUUUGGAUUAUCUGGUUUUGGAAUGGCUACAUCUUCAAGAUGCUGAGUAUAGCUUGUCUUCUUUUCCUUUUAUUUUAUUGAACUACACAAAUAUUGAGGAUUUCUAUAGAUCUUGCUAUAAAGUUUUGAUUCCACAUCUGGUGAUGAGGUGUCAUUUUGAUGAGGUGAAGUCCAUUGCUAAUCAGAUUCAAGGGGAUUGGAAAAGUCUUCUGGCAGACUGCUUCCCAAAGAUUCUUGUAAACAUUCUUCCAUACUUUGCUUAUGAAGAUACAGGAGACCGUGGGAUGGCACAGCAGAGGGAGACUGCUUCCAAAGUCUAUGAUAUGCUUAAAGAUGAAAACUUACUAGGAAAACAGAUUGAUCAGUUAUUCAUUAAUAAUUUACCAGAGAUUGUGGUGGAGUUAUUGAUGACAUUACAUGAACCAGCAACAUCAGAUGCCAGCCAAAGCACUGACCCCUGUGACUUUUCAGGGGAUUUGGAUCCUCCUCCUAAUCCACCUCAUUUUCCAUCACAUGUGAUUAAAGCAACGUUUGCCUAUAUCAGCAAUUGCCAUAAAACCAAGCUUAAAAGCAUUUUAGAAGUUCUUUCCAAAAGCCCUGAUUCCUAUCAGAAAAUUCUUCUAGCCAUAUGUGAGCAAGCAGCUGAGACAAAUAAUGUUUAUAAAAAGCACAGAAUCCUUAAGAUAUAUCACCUUUUUGUUAGUUUAUUACUGAAAGAUAUGAAGAGUGGCUUAGGAGGAGCCUGGGCCUUUGUUCUUCGAGAUGUUAUUUAUACUUUGAUUCACUAUAUCAACAAAAGACCUUCUCGUUUCAUGGAUGUUUCCUUGCGUAGCUUCUCCCUUUGUUGUGACCUGUUGAGCCGGGUUUGCCACACAGCAGUGACUUACUCUAAGGAUGCUUUAGAAAGUCAUCUUCAUGUUAUUGUUGGUACCCUUAUACCCCUUGUGGAUGGUCAGAUGGAGGUUCAGAAACAGGUAUUGGACUUGCUGAAAUACUUAGUGAUUGAUAGCAAGGAUAAUGAAAACCUCUAUGUCAUGAUUAAACUCUUAGAUCCUUUUCCUGACAAUGCUGUCUUUAAGGAUUUGCGUAUCACUCAGCAGAAAAUCAAAUACAGUAAAGGACCCUUUUCACUCUUGGAGGAAAUUAACCAUUUUCUCUCAGUAAGUGUUUAUGAUGCACUUCCAUUGACAAGACUUGAAGGAUUGAAGGAUCUCCGAAGACAGCUAUCACAACAUAAAGAUCAGAUGAUGGGUCUUAUGAGAGCAUCUCAGGAUAACCCUCAAGAUGGCAUAGUGGUGAAGCUGGUUGUCAGCUUGUUGCAGUUAUCCAAGAUGGCAGUAAACCACACUGGUGAAAGAGAAGUUUUAGAGGCUGUUGGAAAGUGCCUGGGAGAAGUGGGUCCUAUAGAUUUCUCCACAAUCGCUAUACAACAUAGUAAGGAUAUGUCUUACACCAAAGCUCUUGAGUUAUUUGAAGAUAAAGAACAUCAUUGGACCCUCAUGAUGCUGACCUACCUGAAUAGUACACUGGUAGAAGAUUGUGUCAAAGUGCGAUCAGCAGCUGUUACCUGUUUGAAAAGCAUUUUAGCCACAAAAACUGGACAUAGUUUCUGGGAGAUUUUUAAGACGACGGCUGAUCCCAUGCUGACCUAUCUUCUUCCUUUUAGAACAUCAAGGAAAAAGUUUUUAGAAGUCCCCAGACUCAACAAAGAAAGCCCUUUAGAAGGCUUGGAUGAUAUUAGCCUGUGGAUUCCUCAAAGUGAAAAUCAUGACAUUUGGAUAAAGGCACUGACUUGUGCUCUUUUGGAUAGUGGAGGCAUAAACAGUGAAGUUCUUCAGUUAUUAAAGCCAAUAUGUGAAGUGAAAACUGAUUUUUGUCAGACUGUACUUCCAUACUUGAUUCAUGAUAUUUUACUCCAAGAUACCAAUGAAUCAUGGAGAAGUCUGCUUUCAACACACAUUCAGGGAUUUUUCACUAACUGUUUCAGACACUCCUCACAAACAAGCCGAUCCACAACCCCUGCAAAUAUGGAUUCAGAAUCAGAGCAUGUUUUCCGCUGCCAUUUGGAUAAAAAAUCACAAAGAACAAUGCUUGCUGUUGUGGACUACAUGAGGAGACAAAAGAGAUCUUCUUCAGGCACAGUUUUUGACGAUGCUUUCUGGCUGGAGUUGAAUUAUCUAGAGGUUGCCAAGGUGGCCCAGUCUUGUGCUGCUCACUUUACAGCAUUGCUGUAUGCAGAAAUCUAUGCAGAUAAGAAGAACAUGGAUGAUCAGGAAAAAAGAAGCCUUACAUUUGAAGAAGGAAGCCAAAGUACAACUAUUUCCAGUUUGAGUGAAAAAAGUAAAGAAGAAACUGGUAUAAGUUUACAGGAUCUGCUUUUAGAAAUCUACAGAAGUAUAGGAGAGCCAGAUAGUCUUUAUGGCUGUGGUGGAGGGAAAAUGUUACAGCCCCUUACUAGACUACGAACAUAUGAGCAUGAAGCAAUGUGGGGGAAAGCCCUGGUAACGUAUGAUCUUGAGACAGCAAUCUCUUCAUCAACUCGCCAGGCAGGAAUUAUUCAGGCCUUGCAGAAUUUAGGGCUCUGCCAUAUUCUUUCUGUCUAUUUAAAAGGAUUAGACCAUGAAAAUAAAGAGCAGUGUGCUGAACUCCAGGAACUUCAUUAUCAAGUGGCCUGGCGGAAUAUGCAGUGGGACAGCUGUGUUUCUGUCAACAAAGGAAUGGAAGGAACCAGUUACCAUGAAUCAUUGUACAAUGCCCUGCAGUCUCUAAGAGAUAGAGAAUUCUCCACCUUUUAUGAAAGUCUCAAAUAUGCCAGGGUUAAAGAAGUGGAAGAGUUGUGCAAGGGCAGCCUUGAGUCUGUGUAUUCCCUCUACCCCACACUUAGCAGACUGCAGGCCAUCGGAGAGCUUGAGAACAUUGGGGAGCUUUUCUCAAGAUCAGUAACAGAUAGGCAACCCUCUGAAGUAUACAGUAAGUGGUGGAAACACUCCCAGCUUCUCAAAGACAGUGAUUUUAGUUUUCAAGAGCCUAUAAUGGCUCUACGCACAGUCAUUUUGGAGAUCUUGAUGGAAAAGGAAAUGGAAAACUCCCAAAGAGAGUGUCUCAAGGACAUCCUCACCAAGCACCUUGUAGAACUCUCCCUACUAGCCCGAACUUUCCAGAACACUCAGCUCCCUGAAAGGGCAAUAUUUCAAAUUAAGCAGUAUAAUUCAGCUAAUUGUGGAGUCUCUGAGUGGCAGCUGGAGGAAGCACAAGUAUUCUGGGCAAAAAAGGAGCAGAGUCUUGCCCUGAGUAUUCUCAAGCAGAUGAUCAAGAAGUUGGAUGCCAGUUGUACAGAGAAUGAUCCCAGGCUAAAACUUAUAUACAUAGAAUGUCUACGAGUUUGUGGCACCUGGUUAGCAGAAACUUGUUUAGAAAAUCCUGCAGUCAUCAUGCAGACCUAUCUAGAAAAGGCAGUGGAACUUGCUGGAAAUUAUGACGGAGAAAGCAAUGAUGAGCUCAGAAAUGGAAAAAUGAAGGCAUUUCUCUCUUUAGCACGGUUCUCAGAUACUCAGUACCAAAGAAUUGAAAACUACAUGAAAUCAUCAGAAUUUGAAAACAAGCAGGCUCUUCUGAAAAGAGCCAAAGAGGAAGUGGGCCUUCUUAGGGAACAUAAAAUUCAAACCAACAGAUACACAAUAAAGGUUCAGCGAGAGCUGGAGCUGGAUGAAGGUGCUCUCCGUGUUAAAAAGGAUCGUAAACGUUUCUUAUGUAAAGCAGUUGAAAAUUACAUCAAUUGCUUAUUAAGUGGAGAAGGGCAUGAUAUGUGGAUAUUCCGUCUUUGUUCCCUCUGGCUUGAAAAUUCUGGAGUUUCUGAAGUCAAUGGCAUGAUGAAGAGAGAUGGAAUGAAGAUCCCAUCAUAUAAGUUUUUGCCCCUCAUGUACCAGUUGGCUGCUAGAAUGGGGACCAAGAUGAUGGGAGGCCUAGGAUUUCAUGACGUCCUCAAUAGUCUCAUCUCUAGAAUUUCAGUGGAUCACCCUCAUCAUACUUUGUUUAUAAUAUUGGCCUUAGCAAAUGCAAACAAAGAUGAAUUUUUGACCAAACCAGAGGCAGCAAGAAGUAGUAGAAUAACUAAAAAUGCACCUAAAGAAAGCUCUCAGCUUGAUGAGGAUCGAACUGAGGCUGCAAACAAAGUAAUAUGUACUCUCAGAAACAGGAGACGUCAGAUGGUCAGAAGUGUUGAAGCACUCUGUGAUGCUUACAUUAUAUUAGCAAACUUAGAUGCCACUCAGUGGAGGACUCAGAGAAAAGGCAUAAGGAUUCCAGCAGACCAGCCUAUUACUAAACUUAAAAAUUUAGAAGAUGUUGUUGUCCCUACUAUGGAAAUUAAGGUGACCCCCACAGGAGAAUAUGGAAACAUGGUGACUAUACUAUUUAAACCAGAAUUUCGUUUAGCAGGAGGUUUAAAUUUACCAAAAAUAAUAGAUUGUGUCGGCUCUGAUGGCAAGGAAAGGCGACAGCUUGUCAAGGGCCGUGAUGACCUGAGACAAGAUGCAGUCAUGCAGCAGGUUUUCCAGAUGUGUAAUACGUUACUGCAGAGAAACACUGAAACCAGGAAGAGGAAACUGACUAUCUGCACAUAUAAGGUGGUUCCCCUUUCUCAGAGAAGUGGUGUUCUUGAAUGGUGCACAGGAACUGUCCCUAUUGGUGAAUAUCUUGUUAACAAUGACACUGGUGCUCAUAAAAGAUACAGGCCAAGAUUCAGUCCUGUUCAAUGCCAAAAGAAAAUGAUGGAGGCGCAAAAUAAAUCUUUUGAAGAGAAAUAUGAAAUCUUCAUGAAUAUUUGCCAAAAUUUUCAACCAGUUUUUCGUUACUUUCUGCGGAAAAUUCUGGAUCCAGCUGUUUGGUUUGAGAAGACGACUGGCUUAUACUCGGAGUGUGCUACGUCUUCUAUUGUUGGUUACAUCCUUGGACUUGGUGAUAGACAUGUACAGAAUAUCUUGAUAAAUGAGCAGUCAGCAGAACUUGUACAUAUAGAUUUAGGAGUUGCUUUUGAACAGGGUAAAAUUCUUCCUACUCCUGAAACCGUUCCGUUUAGACUCACCCGGGACAUUGUGGAUGGGAUGGGCAUUACCGGUGUUGAAGGGGUCUUCAGAAGAUGCUGUGAAAAAACCAUGGAGGUUAUGAGAAACUCUCAGGAAACCCUGUUAACCAUUGUAGAGGUCCUCCUGUAUGAUCCUCUCUUUGACUGGACCAUGAAUCCUUUGAAAGCUUUGUAUUUACAGCAGAGACCAGAGGAUGAAAGUGAGCUCCACUCCACUCCCAGAGCAGAUGACCAGGAAUGCAAACGGAACCUCAGUGAUACGGACCAGAGUUUCAACAAAGUAGCUGAACGUGUCUUGAUGAGACUGCAAGAGAAACUAAAAGGAGUGGAGGAAGGAACAGUGCUCAGUGUUGGUGGACAGGUGAAUUUCCUGAUACAGCAGGCCAUGGACCCCAAAAAUCUCAGCAAACUUUUCUCGGGAUGGAAAGCUUGGGUGUGAUAUUCAGCAUGUGAUUGCCAUGAAAUCAACCUUUAGAAAUUAUAUUUUGGCUUUCAUUUUUAACCCACUGACGUACUUUGAACAGGUGUUAAUACUCAAGUGAAUCAGUUUUUUGUUUUUUUUUUUUUUUUUAAUGUUUAAUACUUGCUUCAGGUACCUAAAGAUGCUUUGGUAGUCUCAAGGAACAGUUCUCUCACUUUAGAAAUACAGUCAUGCUCUACUUGUAGGCUAAAUGUUUGGCCUCAAGUACAUGCUUGUACUGUUUAGAGUAGCAUCACUAACUUAGGCUUUAACUGAAAAUGGAAGCAGCAGGUGCAGGAGCAACACCAAGAGAUUUUUUCCUUAGUGUGAGUUAGAACAAAUAAAUAUACUGCUGGUUUUUGAGGGAGCUUUUAAUUAAAUUGUUUCCAAGACAUUAUAUAUGAAUGAUGAAUUAUUUGAUACUAAUAUAUAAAAGGAAGAAAAGAACUUUGAAAUUGUAGUCCUCUAUAUACCAUGGUAAAUGUGUUUGGAUGUUCAGUAGUGAAAUUACUCGUUGUGACUGAAUAAUGAAGGUGUUACACAUUUCACAGAUACAAUUAGUAUGGUUACCGUUUUUUAGAAAUGUAUAUUGGACCCUCACUUUCUAUUUUCUCUACCAUUUAAGCCUUCUGUGUUUCCAGUACUUAAUCUUUUUGUGAUGCCUUUACAUCCGUCUUCUAGUUUAUGAAUUCUCUUGUCUCUGUAUAAUCUCCUUUUUAAACUGUUUAUUGGGUUUCUCCUUUCAAAAGUUGUUUUUCAUUUCUAGAUAUGUAUCAUUCUUCAGAUCUGCCUAUUUGUUUCAUUAUGCCUAGCUGUUUUUUGUAAUUGCUUAACUUUUCAAUUCCUUUUGUCACUCAUCUUUUUUUUUUUUUU